AUGCGUGAGUUCAGAGACAAAGAACUACGGAAAACAGUUGUCAACAUGGGAUAUGCACUAACGGAGGCAACAAUUAACUACUAUCGGGGCGAAAUACGAAGAACAAAUAGAGCAGCUUUGGGGUGGAUAAACAGUAUUUUCAGAGAGAAGUGGUCGAGGGCGUUCGAAGCUAUGAACUCGGUACUUAAGCCUACCCGAAACCUUCAUAUUACAGCAUUGGUCAAGUCAACGUUCUAUCGUCUGGGAUCGCUGUUUGGAAAACGAGGACACGAUUUGACAAAAAUGUUUGCAUCCGGUCAAACUUUCACGGAAAAUUGUAAUAAGGGAAUGACCGACGAAACGAGUAAAUCUAGCAGCCAUAAUGUCAUUCAAUUUGAUCGCGAGAGAUUCUGUUUUAUGGUUGCCGAAAGCUUUAAUCAACAUGAUGACCAACCAUUAUGUACUUUUAGCGUUGAUCUCAAGAGAGGGUGGUGCGAUUGUGGGAGGUUUCAAGCAUUUCAUUUACCUUGCUUCCAUGUAAACGCAGCAUGUGCCGGUAUACGAUAG